AAAUGUCAGUCUGUCCUUCCCCUCUGGAAAUGCUCUGCAAAUACUAAUAAUUGUUCAGGUAAUGGUUACAUGUAGAAGAAAACAGAAGAUAAGGAAUGAAAUUAGUGGAAAAAUAGAAUAAAGCAUAUAGUGUAAGUCAAUGUCAUUGGCCAACAUUUACUAAAAAAUACUCCAGGCUGUCUGAGGGUUGCACAGCCUGGUUGGACCAAGGAUACAUAAACCGAAUACAACUCAGCAUGCAGUUCAGUUCACACCAAAGGCACAGGAAACAGGAAUGUCAAACUGAGCUGAGUUUGGAAGAUGGACAGAGGAGGUGGUUUCAAGGCAAUGAAGGUGGCACUUAGGCAAACCCAUCUCACUUGGCAGAAAGAGAAUGAGCCUGGGACGAAGUAUUCAAAAGAGAGUCUAGACUCAGAAAAGAGGCGGGAAUCUGAGAAAUCUGGCGUCCGUCUGAGCACUCAGAUGAGGCAUGCAGGCAAUCCGAGUCACUCGCUGAGAUGUUGCCCCAUGCGGGGUCACCCGUCGUGUAGACGCUGCCUCUGUGCAGCUGGGGGAGCUGGCCCCUGCCGCUCAGCACGUGUUUAUAUUCACAUGUGCCUUAUGUGGGAGCAGGGCCAGCAGACCACCAUGAUCAGGGGAUCCCAAGAAUUAUCCAUACCAAAGACCAAUUCUCGAGGGCAAGUUGCGCGAAACCAGUGGUCCCGCACAUCAGGAAGCCCAUCCAGCAGGCCUCCGUCUGUAGAUGAGUCCAGAAGCAGGAACACCAAUCAUAAGCAUCCCUCCAGCUCCACGACCUCCAGGACGUCCUCAGCCUCACCCAGCCAGCAUGAAGAGUCUCCACCGCCACCCCCUCUAUCAGUGCAGCCCUCUCCGCAGGUGCCUACCACGCCGGCGCCCACCCCUACGGUCCCAUCGCUCAACUCGCUUUCCUUCAGUGCCCCAGACUACGAGACCCCCCGGCGCAGCAAGAUGCGUGAGAACCCAGAGGCCUGGGCAGAGAGCAUCGUGCGAGACUUACGCGAGCCCCGGGACUCACGCUCACAGCCCUGUGAUUACCCGGUGACACCGCCCACAGAGUGGCGCUCCUAUGCGCAGCGCCGCCUACUCUAUGGUUCCAAUGAGCUGGACCGCGACUGCCUGUCGGAGCUACAGCCUAAGCAGCUGCCCAAGGGGCAGACUGCAUGCGGGGAGCAGGAGCAGGAAGAGGAGGAGACAGAAGAGGCCUACUGGGCUUCUGUGAAAAAGCUGUAUGAGAAGAUCCCCAGCUGCGCGCGCCCCAGGCCGCCCAAGCCCAAACACGCCAUAACCAUCGCAGUCUCCUCCCGGGCCCUGUUCAACAUGGUGGAGGACAGACGCAUCUACGAGAAGGAGGGUUUGGAGAAGUACAUGGAGUACCAGCUCACCAAUGAGAACGUGGUCCUCACCCCUGGCCCUGCCUUCCGCUUCGUCAAGGCCCUGCAGCAUGUCAAUGCUAGGCUGCGUGAGCUGUAUCCUGAUGAACAGGACUUAUUUGAUAUUGUACUGAUGACUAAUAACCAUGCCCAAGUGGGAGUGAGGCUUAUAAACAGCGUCAAUCACUAUGGGUUACUCAUUGACCGAUUCUGUUUGACUGGUGGAAAAAGCCCUAUAGGCUAUUUGAAGGCAUAUCUAACCAACUUGUACCUUUCUGCGAGUUCUGAAAAAGUACAGGAGGCAAUAAAAGAAGGAAUUGCUUCUGCAACGAUGUUUGAUGGAGCCAGAGACAUGUCUUACUGUGACACACAGCUCCGUGUGGCCUUUGACGGAGAUGCCGUCCUCUUCUCAGAUGAGUCAGAACAUAUUGCCAAGGAGCAUGGGCUGGACAAAUUCUUUCAACAUGAAACAAUGUUUGAGAAUAAGCCUCUCGCUCAGGGUCCCUUGAAAGGCUUUCUAGAAGAUUUAGGUCGACUGCAAAAGAAGUUUUAUGCCAAAGAUGAAAGGUUACUUUGUCCCAUCAGGACCUACUUGGUUACAGCCAGAAGUGCAGCCAGCUCAGGUGCCCGUGUGCUGAAGACCCUCCGCCGAUGGGGCCUAGAGAUAGAUGAAGCUCUCUUCCUUGCUGGAGCCCCCAAGGGUCCGAUCCUGGUGAAGAUCAGGCCGCACAUCUUCUUUGAUGACCAGAUGUUCCAUAUUGAAGGAGCACAGAAAUUUGGCACCAUCACAGCUCAUGUACCUUAUGGUGUCGGUCAAAAAUACAACACUUAGGGACGAAUGGAGAGAAGAAAUAAAUCAACAACAGUCUCGUACAAUAGAUGACACUUCUUUUGGAUAUCUAGAAUAAUUAGGUAUAUUCAGAAGACUGGACCUCAGAACUUAGCUUCUUUUUUUCACUUGUUCAAAAACAUUUUCAACUCUGAAGUUACCUUCAAGCUACUUCUCUUCAAGCAGUCAAAUGCUGUUCAAUGCCAUUGCACCUAUUGCUGUGUAAGUCAUGAUGAUUAUUUGGGAUGUUUCAAAUGGCUCCUUUUUGGGUGGAGAUCGAAUGAACUGUUGGCCAUCAUCAUCUAGAAGAGUGGUCUUCACAGGUGAAUGAGUUUGGCUAAGUCUACUCUUGAAAACUCGUGAUUUCUCUAAUGUCCAUCCCUUUGACCACAUCAAAUGAGAAUGUCACUUCACCUGGAUUUGGGUGCUGCUUAUUUGGAAGUCAGCUGAUUUUGCCUACAGUUCACAUUCUCCAGGGAACUUACAGAGUUUCCUGUGAAGGGUCAUUUGGAGCUUUCUUGGUGGGUUAAUUGCUUAGAGAUCACAGACCUUCA